AUGUUUAAUGAGAUAGAUGGGAACUUCGAUGAUAUAGCUAUAAGGACUUUCAAGGUCGGCCUACCCGUCGAGCACGAUUUGAGAAAAUCUUUGACAAGGAAGCCUGUUAGGAGCGGUGGUCAGGCAAGGUUGGGAGCUCAAAUAGAUGUUUCAACAAGACCUCCUUUAGGUACAAUUAUUGUCAUUCUUAUUGCUCUAAGAAGGACUGGUUCUCAGCCAUCCAGGGUGAUGUCUAUAGCUCACCGUUCUACAGGGGACUCGCCCCCUAAUUCAAAGAGGGGUAGAUUGGAGGCCCGACUAGCUUUGAGCUUUUCCGAUAAGGAUAAAGUUGGAACCUUGCAGCCACAUGAUGAUGCCCUAGUAGUUACUCUCAAGAUUGGAGUGUAUGAUGUGAAAAGGGUGUUGGUGGAUCAGGGCAGCGGUGUAGAGAUCAUGUACCCCGACCUAUUUAAGAGGCUGAAGUUAAGGCCCGAGGACUUGGCCUGUUAUAACUCCCCUCUGAUAGAGUUUGAUAGGAAGAUUGUCUUUUCGAAGGUCCAAAUCAGACUACCCGUUCAGGCAGGGUCAGAAGUCAUGGAAGUAAACUUCAUUGUGGUAGAUACAUACUCCCCUUAUACUGCUAUUGUAGCAAGACAUUGGCUUCAUGCCAUGGGGGCUGUGUCUUCCACCCUACACUUGAAGGUGAAGUAUCCGUCAGGGGAUUGGGUCGAGGAGCUGGUUGGAAGCCAGUUUAUGGCCAAGUAG